AUGGAAGGUAAUCAAGUGAAUAGUGGCCAUUGUUACAGGUGGAGGAAUAGUGAGAGACCUUAUGAAUGCAGUAAAUGUGAAAGAGCCUUCAGUGCCAAGUCAAAUCUUAAUGCUCAUCAGAGAGUUCACACAGGAGAAAAACUCUACUCAUGUAGUGAAUGUGGGAAAGUCUUCUCUUUCAGGUCACAACUCAUAGUCCACCAGGAAAUUCACACAGGAAGGAAACCCUAUGGUUGCAGUGAAUAUGGGAAGGCUUACAGUUGGAAAUCUCAAUUUUCUUUACACCAAAGGAGUUAUACAGGAGUGAAACCUUAUGAGUGCAGGAAGUCUCCCUUGGUUGUACACCAGAGAAGUCACACAGGAAUGAAACCUCAUAAGUGCAAUGAAUGUGGGAAGGCCUUUAGAAGUAAGUCCUACCUCCUUGUUCACAUUAGAAUUCACACAGCAGAAAAACCCUAUCAGUGUACUGAUUGUGGGAAAGCCUUCAAUAUGAAGACACAGCUAAUUGUGCACCAAAGAGCUCACAGUGGAAAUAACCCUUACCAGUGCAGUGACUGUGGCAAAGCCUUUGGCAGAAAGGAGCAGUUUACCACUCACUUGCUAACCCAUGCUGGGUUGCCUUAUGGGUGCAGUGAAUGUGGGAAGGCUUUCAGCAGCAAAUCAUACCUUGUUAUACACAGGAGAACACACACAGGAGAGAGGCCCUAUGAAUGUAACUUAUGUGAGAGAACCUUCUGUGGGAAAUCACAGCUAAUUAUACACCAGAGAACAACAGAGAAGCCCUAUGAAUGCAGGGAAUGUGAAAAGGCGUAUUCUAGGAAGGCAUCCCUUGAAAUACACCAGAAAACUCACUCAGAGAAACCUUUUAAGUGCAGUGAAUGUAGGAAAGCCUUUAUUCAGAAGUUCUCUCUCAGUGAACAUCAGAGAGUUCACACAAGAGAGAAACCAUGGACGUGCUCUGAGAGACCAAUCAUACUUGACGGGACCGGGCCGGGCCUCUCUGCUUUGUCCUUCGCUAUCGGGGACCAGGGUUGCCGCCCGCCCGUGCCCUGGUCACAGCACGGAGCAGACCCCGGUGCCGGCGUCUGUGGUGGAUGGCGGUGGGGACGGCGCCUCGUCUUCGGACGGGUGCGGGCUGUCUCCGGCCGCCAGCGCGAUCGCGCAGGGCCGCACUCCUGCUGCUCCGGGUCUGGCCAGGCCGGCCGCAGCCGCUUCCUCGACCGCAUUUGGAAGGGCUUCACGAAAGACCAGAGCCGGCCCAGGCCCGCCGCCGUCUCCGCCGAAGGGAGGCACCUCGAAGUCAUUAGAGCAAGUACUUGUUGCUACCACGUGGUGGUGGUGAUCUGA